CACAGAGAGUCCGGUGGGAGAGAACAAAGUUCUUCAGUAGUUAUCUGAAUUAUAAGAGCAUGGACAACACCAUCACAACAGAGGUUAAAGAGACAUAUGCGGAAAAUAAUGUUGAAGAUCUAAACACAGAAGGAGUACAGCAAAUCUUUCACAGACUUCACCUUGAAUAUGAGAAUGAUCAUAAAUUGAGAGCUGCUGAUGUUCUUCAGAUAACUGCACAUUCAUUACAGUCUCAUGAGUCUUGUGUUGAAGAAGAACUGGUUCAGACUUUACUUCAAAAACUACUGAUGAUGGACUACAGAGUAAGAUACAUCAAUGUCAAUAAAGCCAAUGAACAGUCUUACACACAGUCAAGUGACAGUGAAUCAUCAUCUGAAGAAGGAGACAUUUUUAAUGAAAUGUCAUUGUCUAAAAACAAAACAAACCAAUCUGAGCGAAUCCACCCAAUGGAUGUUCAGAUGGCUGUGUUUCAUUGUGCGGAUGAUUUCUUAAAGCAGAUGAUGGUGACUAAACUGUCCCAGUGCCAAUACGCUCUUCCUCUGCUUGUUCCUGAUCCAUUAACACAACAGAUUGAGUUUCCUCUCUGGACACUCAGACAAAUCAACAAGAGCUGGAAGAUUAGAAACACCAAAAAAGAAACCAUCAGUCAAAUCCAAAAACCGAUCUACAAGACAGAAACUCCAAUGGUGUUUUUCUUCAGGUUUGGCCUUUUGUCUUCAUCCAAGUCUCAGCUGAUGAACAGUCUGAUAAAUGAGAAACACAACACGUUUUUCCACAGGAACUGUCCAGGCAGCAGCAGAACCAGAGUUUUGAUGGAUGGCGUAGUGGAGAUCUCCUGGUUCUGUCCUUCUGGGAAAAACACAGAUAAAUUCACUGAAUGUGUUGCAUUCUGUAAUCUACAUGGUGAUGCAGGAAACUAUGAGAAACAGCUGCAGAUUCUGACUGAAAUGGCAUCAGUCAAUGUUGUUCUUCUACCUCAUCUUUACAAGAAUGAUAGACAUGCAGAAAAAAUUCAAAGCCUGUACAAUAACAGAAAGCCACUCAUUUGUCUUUUUACUGAGGAUGAAUCUACAUUAAAGAAGACUAGGAAAGGAAAAUUCAAAAUUGGUUUGAAAGACAGAAAUCAGUCAGAUGUAUCUGAAGAACUUAGAAAAACUAUAAAUAAUUGUCUCUCAGAACCAUCUUCCCUUUUCAGGAUUGAAGAUGUGUCUAAAUACUCAGAUAUCAGAAUAGAUGAGGAAGGCAAUGAUGACUGCAGGAGAGGAAGAGAAGCAGCACGACAGAUGAUGAGUUUUCUGAAAAAUAAAAACCUGACAGAAAUUAAAGAAUCAUUUCUGCCCUGUCAGGGGAAACUGUGGUAUCAAUGGUGCCAGAUGAACAAAGAGCUGCAUCGACCUCAAGCAAAUGUAACAGAAUUGGAAAUAAGUAGAACACAAACAAAAAUGAAGAAAAUCCAUGAGCAACAACAUAUGUCUGACGUUGGCAGUUUUAUGAAGUGUUUUGUUGAAGAAAUUAACUCACAAGGUGCAAAUACAAAGAUAUUUUUCCUCAAAUGGCUCGAAAUCCUUCUGGAUGAACAUACAUCAGCUGAUCUUUCAGCUCUACAUACCAAAUAUGAUGAAAAGUGGUCAGAACUUGUAAAAUUUAAAGAAGAACAUGUUAAAUAUGAAAACCUGACAGUUGAACAAAAAGACCUUGAGAAAAUAUCUGAAGAACUUCAAGCAGCAACCUUUGGUUUGGAGCACAUCAUGAGGGAGAUUGCUCAAAUCUAUGAAUCAUGUUCAUCUGUGAAGAAGAACAAAAAAAACUUGCAGGUUUACUUCACUUCUCUCCCAAGUCUCGCAGCAGAGAUGAUGAUCUCUGGAUUUCCACUGGAGCUGAUGGAUGGCGAUGCUGCUCAUGUUCCUCUUGUCUGGAUCUCUGCUGUUCUAGAUGAACUCACCCAGAAACUUGGAGACCAGAGAGUCUUUGUGCUGUCAGUUUUAGGGAUUCAGAGCUCUGGGAAAUCCACCAUGCUGAAUGCCAUGUUUGGACUCCAGUUUGCCGUCAGUGCUGGAAGGUGCACCAGAGGAGCUUUCAUGCAGCUGGUCAGAGUGUCAGACGACAUGAAAACAAAGCUGAACUUUGACUAUAUUCUGGUUGUUGAUACUGAGGGUCUUCGUGCGCUUGAACUUGCUGGAAGAUCAACAAGAUAUCAUGACAAUGAAUUGGCCACAUUUAUUGUUGGUCUUGGAAAUCUUACCCUAAUCAACAUAUUUGGAGAAAACCCAUGUGAGAUACAGGACAUUCUUCAAAUUGUUGUUCAGGCAUUCCUGAGAAUGAAGAAAGUAAGACUGAAUCCCAGCUGCAUGUUUGUGCAUCAAAAUGUUUCAGAUGUCACAGCUGAAGAGAAAAACAUGGAAGGAAGAAGACGUCUUCAGAAGACGCUAGAUGAGAUGGCAAAACUUGCUGCUACAGAGGAAGUCUGUGAUGUUGAAUGUUUCAAUGAUGUCAUUGCAUUUGAUGUACGAACAGAUGUCACUUAUUUUGCUCAGCUAUGGGAAGGCAGCCCACCCAUGGCACCACCAAACCCAAACUACUGUGUGAAUGUUCAUGAACUAAAGGAAGCUAUUCUUUCAAAUUUCUCAAAAUCAGAUGGAAUUAUGCUAAAAGACUUUAAAGACCGUAUUAAUGAUCUCUGGGAAGCUUUGCUCAAUGAACGAUUUGUCUUCAGCUUCAAAAAUUCUCUGGAGAUUGCAGCUUACCGGAAACUUGAGACCAAAUACAGCAAAUGGUCCUGGAGUCUUCGCAGUGCCAUGAUGGAAACUGAGAACAAACUACACAACCAAAUAGAAAAUGAAGCAAUUCACAAGAUAGAAGAAACUGAUCUUCAAAGAGAACUGAAGAAGACAAGUGAAGAAUUAGAGAAAUCAAUUUCAGAAUUCUUUGAUAAAGACACAUAUAAAGAUAUACUCAUCCAGUGGAAAACCUCAUUUGAAAUAAAAAUCGAAGAGCUUCAGCAAAACAUUUUGACAGAAACAAAAAAGAAAUUAAAUGAGAUUCUUCAGCAGAGAGACCUAAAGAAAAAUAUUGAUGCUCAGAGGACACAUCAUGAAAACACUCUCUAUGAAAAAAGCAAAGAACUUGCACUAAAACUCAAACAUAAAGCAAAUGAUGAAGAAACACUGAAAAAAGAGUUUGAUUUGUUUUGGGAACAGAGUGUAAAUAUGAUCGUUAGAGACACUGCUCCAAUCAAAAACAUUGAUGUAGUGAGAGAUGUGAAAGAGAUCCUCAAUGAUAUUUAUAAAAGUAUGAAAAACUGGAGGGAAAGCAGAGAUAUUUUCUCGAUGUCCAGUUACUCAGAUUAUGUACAGUUAAAGAAUACCAGCGGAUUUACAGACAAUUUUUACAGAGUAGCUAAAGAGAUGCUAGGUCAUGCUCUGUCUAAUGAAGAUGAAACCCAAAUAAAAACAUUUGUGACAGAUGUUGCUCAGCAGACAGAAAAAAUUAUUCAGUCAUAUAAUUUUUCAAAAAUGGGCUACAACAAAAGCUGCAUUCAACAUAUUAUAGAUUACAUCAAGGUAAGGAUUUUAGAACAUCAGGAAGGAUCAGUGCAAUAUGUGUUGAAGAAUGAAUUCUUCAUUGAUUUGGUUCUUUCUAUAUGUGAGAAAGCAAACAAAAUGAUCACUGAGCAAAACAGAAAGUUCACAGAAGCCAAUGAUCCUGUAAUAUAUAUUGAGAAGAACAGAGAAAGGUACUAUAGUAUUUUUCAGAAAUACUGUCAUGGAGCAGCAUCAGCUGCCAUUUUUGGUGAGAUCAUUUGUCAGAAACUUAAUCAACCUAUUGAGCAGAGUGUCUACAAGAAGACUGCCAGAGAUUUAGCAGGUGAAAUAAAAACAGACUGUGAAUCACUGAACGGAAACAGAUCUAAUAUGGAGAAACACAUCCUAAAGUCACUGGCAGAAGAGGAGGAUUUUAAGAAAUACAUUAACUACAUUGAUAAUCCUAAAGAGCACUUCAAGUGUUUCAUCAGAGAUGUAGUCAGUCGGUACAUCACUGAUAAGUUCAGUGUCAGUGUUUUACCCAAGUUGAAGGGGAACAUUAAACACCUGCAGCACAAAAUCUUGGAUGCAGCACAUAAAUCUACUGAAUAUGUUCAAAUGAACAAUGGAGAUGUUAGCUUGUGGUUAAAGAGUUUCACACAGCAGCUCUCAGAUGUGCUGGUCUUCUCUGAAAAAGACCUCAGUGGAGUGAAACAUGAUGUUGAUGAUUUCAGUCUCCUAGAAGAUGUGAUAAGAAAAACAUUUGAUUCAAACUUUGACAUUAGUGGAAGAUUCAGAUUAGAUAUGUUUCCAGAAAAUAUGGACUCUAAUUACAGACCAGAUAAGCUUCUGAUUAAUCACUUCUGUCAGUGCUGUUGGGUUCAGUGUCCAUUUUGUGGAGCCAUCUGCACCAACACCAUAGAAAACCAUCCAGGAGACCACAGUGUUCCUUUCCAUCGAGUGCCUGGGCUCAAAGGCUGCCAUUACCGUAAAACAGAGGAACUGUGUGCUGAAUUUUGCACAACUUUAGUGACAAGUAAUAACAAAUUUCGUGUUGUAGACAAGUGGUUUCUACAUAAAGAAUAUAGAAAAGCUGGAAAAGACUUUGAAAAUUGGAGUAUCACCCCGGACCUCUCUGAACUGCCCUACUGGAAGUGGUUUGUGUGCAAUUUUAAAAAUGACCUUGGUAAGCACUACAACAAAUCAUUUGAGAGUAGUGGAAACAUUCCACGUAAAUGGAGGGAAUACACAAAACAGGACGCUAUUGAAAGUUUGGAUAAAUGCUUUAAUUAAAGCAUAUGAAGACCAAAAUCCAUUUAAGUUGAGAAUGGAACUCCUUGUAUGGGCAUUUCUCAAGGAAGCACAUGCCCCCCCCAGACAUACACCAGAGAGAGCGAGAUUGUGUUCAUCAGCGCUUUAUUCAGCUGCCCUGCACGGGAUUCACUCAAGAAGAAUGUCUUUAAAAUAGUGUGUUUUGAGUUGUAAGGGAAAGAUAACCUUGUUAUACUAAUAAAACAAUUGUGCAGUUAAAUUAAGGUAAUUUUCUGGCAGCAGGGGUGCCAGUGAUUUUCUGUUAAUUUACAACCUUCUGUCGUUAAUUUACAGCUCUUUAUUUUUACAGCAUGUUACUGUUAUACUACCAUGGAAAGUAAUUCUGCUCCAGUUAGAGAGUGUAAAAUAGUAGUAUUCAGGCACAUGCACAGAUGGGGCUCAACCUGUGCAGAGCGCAUGUCCUUUUUGUUGGUGAUGAUGUUUUCUUACUUAAAUAAAUCAAUGCUAUUAAUUA